GUUGGCCCCAAACGAUCACGAAAACACAAGUGCGUUCAGCGAUGUUUGGGCCCGACGAGCCUGUGUUUACGAAUUCGGAAUUAUGUUCGAUAAACAACGAUUUUUAAAUGAAUGGCAGUGAUGCCUGGUUCUAUGGGUCAUGAUUUGACAGAAGAACUUGGCAUGACUCCAAGAUUUUCUGAAGUGUCAAGCACACCAAGUACUUCACCAAAGGGUGAUAUGACCAUUGACCCCUCACCAGCAAUAAAGUUUGACAAAAGAGAAUCAUAUAAGGCCCAAAGGAAAAAUUACAGAAGAGAAAAGAAACGUGUUGCUAAAGAAUUAUCAACAACCCUCAAAGACCCUUCAAUUAUUGUGCUUGCUGAUUGGCUUAAAGUGCGGGGAACUUUAAAAGGCUGGACCAAACUGUGGUGUGUUUUAAAACCAGGGUUGUUAUUGUUGUAUAAAAGUCCUAAAACACAUAAGAGUAGUCAGUGGGUUGGAACUGUUUUAUUAAAUGCUUGUGAAGUUAUUGAAAGGCCAUCUAAGAAGGACGGAUUCUGUUUUAAACUUUAUCAUCCUUUGGAGCAGUCAAUUUGGGCUUCAAAAGGUCCCAAAGGGGAGACUAUUGGUGCUUUAGUUCAACCGUUGCCUGUAGCCCACCUGAUAUUUCGUGCUCCCUCUGAACAAGCUGGAAAAUGUUGGAUGGAUGCUUUGGAGUUGUCUUUGAGGUGUUCAUCGCUUUUGAUGCGUACAAUGAGUGGCAAAGAAGUUCAGUCUUCAUCUUUUCUGCAGAGCAGCUUGCCAAAUAGCUCUUCUCAGGAACCAAAAGAUUUAUGGGAGGACAUAGAUCCCGAGAAGCAUUUCCAAGAUCAUGAUUUGGAUGAUGAUGUGCAUACUGACGAUAAUCGAGAACUUGAUUUGGAUGGUAUCCACAGCAUUCAUUCUACGGACUCGGAGUCUGAGCCCCGGCCGAUCGAGGAUGUCGAAACACCUCCUGUUGAAACUCCUUAUGUUGCCAAUGGCUAUGAAGAGUUUGGUGUGGCUGGUGAUGCUGGUCAGACAGAAGAAGUAGCUGAAGAAAACAAAUCUUUGAUAUGGACGCUCCUUAAACAGGUCAGGCCUGGUAUGGAUUUGUCAAAAGUUGUCCUUCCCACUUUCAUUUUAGAGCCUCGUUCCUUUCUGGAUAAAUUAUCCGAUUAUUAUUAUCAUUCGGAUAUUCUUUCUAGUGCUGUCGUUGAAGAUGAUCCGUUUACAAGAAUGAAAUUAGUUACAAAAUUUUAUCUUUCUGGAUUCUAUAAAAAACCGAAAGGCUUGAAGAAGCCGUAUAAUCCUAUACUUGGUGAAAUGUUCCGUUGCUAUUGGCAGCAUAAAAACCCUGACAGGAGAACAUUUUAUAUUGCAGAACAGGUAUCUCAUCAUCCUCCUGUAUCUGCAUUUUAUGUUAGUAAUCGCCAUGAUGGGUUUUGCAUACAAGGAAGCAUUUUAGCAAAGUCUAAAUUUUAUGGGAAUUCUAUAUCUGCCAUAAUGGAUGGUACAGCUCAUCUUACCUUCUUGACCAGAGGGGAAGACUAUACCAUAAACAUGCCUUAUGCACAUUGCAAAGGGAUCCUCAUGGGAACCCUCACAUUAGAACUUGGGGGUAAAGUUGAUAUUUGUUGUGAAAAAACUGGUUAUCACACAGAAUUAGAAUUUAAAUUAAAGCCAUUCCUUGGAGGAUCAGAACUUUCUAACCAAGUAAUAGGAAAGAUAAAAUUAGGUAAGGAGACGCUAGCAACAAUUGAAGGGCACUGGGAUGGAGAAAUAUUUUUCAGAGACCGUCGAACAGGGGAAGAACAUUUAUUCUGGAAUCCUGAUGCAGAAAUAAGAGCCAGGAGGUUGAAAAGGCACACAGUUCCUGUAGAAUAUCAAGAAGAGUGUGAGUCAGAAAGGCUAUGGCAACAUGUUUCUUAUGCUAUUGUAAAAGGGGAUCAAAUAGCCGCAACUGAUGAGAAAACUUUGCUUGAAGAAGCCCAACGUAAAGCUGCAAAAGAACGUCAAGUAAAAUUGGAAAAGUGGUCACCAAAGCAUUUUGUGCAAGACAUAGUGACUGGUGAUUGGGUGUACAAAUAUGCCGAUUCUCGGCCUUGGGAUCCGAGGACCGACGUUUUCCAAUAUGAGUGUGAUUUCAAAAUUCAGACUCUGACCCGCCACAAGCCACCGACUGUCCGCACGGGCAGCAUCAUCAGUGUGGACGACACCCCCAAAGUGGAACUCAUCCGUCACCUGUCGGUGGACCGCGUCCUUCCCCGGCCUGCCGUCUGCAUCUUGCCCAAGAACAGGCAUCGGAAGUCCGCCAAGUCCCACGGGAGCGAAAGCUCGUCCGCAAACGGCGAAGCAUUCCAUGGUAGCGAUUCCACUGAGAGUGAUGGUCAUGGACCCCGCAAAAAUUUCCACUCCAACAGAAACAGCAGCGUGCUGUCCUCUCUCCACCAGUCUAUCCAGGCUCUACAAGAUCUGCAGAAAGAAAGCAAUACUUCUCUGCAUUCCAUGCAGCACCACAUGGAGUCCAUCAUGGCACAGCAGCGCAAGAUCCAAGCCCAGCUGUCCAACCGUACCGAUUACUUUUUAGUUGCGGCCUUCGUAGUUUUGCAGAUUUUCCUGCACUGGUUUCUAUGACCGGGUCUCGCCGACCUUCGGGGGAAAUAGAAAAGAGUGCCUAUUUAUUUACUACGCUUCUCAUUCACGGAUGAACUGGCGGAUUCAACAUUGAUCAUGGUGUCAAAUUGUGCAUGAUGUCAUGAUGUAUGAAAUGUAGAUCAGCUGAGAAAACGUAUGGCUUGGACUUCUUUUUUUUUUAAUACUAAAUACAGGGGUGAUUGUGGUCCGGUAUUUUCAUGUCUGAAAAUACCGGAAUUAUAUUCUUUUUUCGUUAUGCUUUUAUCUCCCUACCUCCGCAAUUUAUUUUAAAUUAUAUAAUACUCA